UCCACGCCUUCAUCCUCUCUCCUCAGCCAUACCAAUGCAUCAUCGGCACUGUCCCUCUUGAUGGCUUCCUUAACGAGCUGGCAGCCCUCCAAAUGGACGCUUUUGUCUCCAGGAAAAGGCCCCGGUUGGGCCGCUCGCAACCAUCGGCACCACCGGCACCCGUAGCCACGUCCGACGAGGAACUGACGGAGGUGAAGUUGGCACUGCUCUUGUCCAUUUUCCCUAAUGUGACACAGGAGGCUCUGCUGGAUACUUUAGUGUCAUGCGGUGGCUCCGUUGAAGGGGCCUCGUCAAUCCUCUCGACACCGCAGCAGCAGCAGCAGCAGCAGCAGCGAGAAACAGCCAGCACCGAGUCCAAAGCAAUCACGACAACCCCGAAGAAACGAGCAAUCCCUUCCGGAAUCCAAACAUCCCUCCUCCCACACAUAACACCCUCCCCAAAACCCAACACCAACCUCCCAAUCCCAAAAAACCCCCAACGACAACAACCCCUAACCCGCAAAGGCCGCACCCUCCACCUCUACACACCCCAAGACAUAGCCUACCACACCCCCUGCACAAUAAUCCACAACUUCCUCCCCACCCACACAGCAACCGCCCUCCUCCAAGAACUCCUUUCCGAAUCCCCACACUUCUCCCGCCACAAAUUCCAACUCUUCGAGCGCACCGUGCAAAGCCCGCACUCCGCUAGUGUCUACGUCUCCACGCCGGAGGAAUACCGCCAACAGACAUCUGAGUAUACAUACGGUGGAACAUACCGGUCGAAUGUCCGGCAGAUCACGCCGCAUAUGCGCGAUGUCUCGGGCAAGGUACAAGAUGCUGUGAACGAGGAGAUAAGGAGACGGAUUCGGGACGUUUAUCCCCGGGGAGAGAAAUUGAGGUAUCAGUCGCCGAAGAUGUGGAGGCCCAAUGCGGCGUUUGUGAAUUGUUAUGAUGGGCCGGCGGAGAGUGUGGGGUUUCAUUCGGAUGAGUUGACGUAUUUGGGGCCGAGGGCUGUUAUUGGGAGUUUGAGUUUGGGGGUUGAGAGGGAGUUUCGGGUUCGAAGGGUUGUUGCUGGUGCUGAUGCUGAUGAUGAUGAUGGUGACGACGAUAAUGAUACAGCAGCGCAAAAGCAGAAACAAAAUGCACGCGCAGACGCCCAGGGCCAGAUAUCCAUUCAUCUACCGCACAACUCCUUUUUGGUCAUGCAUGCGGAAAUGCAAGAGGAGUGGAAACAUGCCAUAACCCCGGCCCAGACUGUGAACCCACAUUCCGUAUCUGGGAAUCGGCGGAUAAAUAUCACUUACCGAUGGUAUCGAGAUUCACUUCAUCCAAGGUAUACCCCGAAGUGCCGUUGUGGGACGCAUGCUAUCUUGCGCUGUGCGCAACGGAAGCGAGAAACUAGGGGUAGAUACAUGUGGAUGUGUUAUGCAGGCUAUGCCCCCAGGGGUAAAGGAUGCUCAUUCUUCCAAUGGGCAGAGUUCGAUGAUGAUGGUGAACCAUUAUGGGCGAAUAAACCAACUGAGGAGCAGGCUCCUACGUUGACCAACUUUGUAGCUUCACAGCCAUCAGGCGACAAAGUGUAGAUAAAUAGAACACCUUGAUUCAGUAACUUUUAGUACUUGCAUCGAACACAAGACCAACAAAUCAGACUUUCUCACUAAAACUA